AUGUAUGAUGAGAUAUCUGCGAAGCAAAAAUCAAUGGAGGAUAACCUUUCAAAAUGCUGCAAAAGAAUUCGUGAACUGGAAGAUCUAGUUUACGAGCUUGAGGAGGAGUUAUUUUAUACAACUGAUAAAGUCGAGGAGCAAGAAAGGCGCUCUAGACUCGACAACCUCGAAUUUCAUGAUUUAGCUCCUACUCCUAAUGAGGACACAGAUAAACUGGUAAUGGAGGUGGGGAAAAUGAUACAUGUUGAUAUCAAGCCAUCUGAUAUUUCUGUUACUCAUCGUUUCCCAUCACAGAACUCAAACAUCCAUAAACCUCUAAUUGCAAAGUUCACCAACAGAAAGAUCCGAAACAAGAUACUUAAGAAUCGUCAUCUUAUUAGAACUGCUCGCAAUACUACAUCCGUGUCUAACUUAUCAAAAGCCUUCAUUGUCGAAAACUUGACAGACAAAAAUAGAAAUCUAUUUUACCAAGCCAAAAUUCUAAAAAGACAAUGUGGAUACGCUUUUCUGUGGACAUCCAGUGGAAGGGUUCUUGUGAAAAAAAAUAAAGAAACUAACACCUCAUCAAUAUCUAAUGAAGAUGAUUUGCAAAAAAUCAGAUAA